GGUAAGGCUGUAUCCCGGAUGAGUACAGUAUGGCUCUUGGAAAGUGCUGUUUUAAAAAACCCUCCUCGCGGCUGCAUUUCUUCUGCCUUUGCUGACAAAAUGAUGUGAGAGCAAAGCCGAGGGAGGCUGUGUUGUUGCGACCUGUCUUUGGAUCUUCCUUCCUGUUAUCUGACCGUGCCGGAUGGAGACUUCAGAUGAUCUACAGAUUAAACUCCUUCUUCAGCCUUGGGCUUCAGUUUGUUUUUCUGAGUCUACCAGAUUGAUGGCUAAGGCUUGGUUUACCGACUCUAGCUAUAUCUUGCUCCUCUCUGACCUCAAUAAUAUGUGGUAUGAAAGUGCAAAUACUGAAAUGAUACAACAGAGGUCAAAGGAGCUAAAUAAACGACUAACUGCUCCUGUAGCCUCUAUCCUGAACUGCUUGUGCAACCUAGUUUGUCCUCUUCUGGAAGGGAAAGAGAACAACUCUGUCUUCUUCUCCUGUCAUCUUGGCUCCAGCCCAUUGAUACUCCAUGUGAAGAGUGAACUUCUAGGACUGCCCUUCUACUGGGAUUUUCACUGUGUUGCAGCACCUCUUGAGAUGAUGUCCUGCCACCUUCUGCGGCCUCUAAUGGCAAUGAGUUUGGCCAUGCACUGUCAGGUACAAGAAUUGGCAUCUUUGCUGCUCCAGAAGGAUGCAGAGAUUGAAGACUAUCGAGAGAGUGGAGCUACUCUCAGUCUAGAACGUCUAAAGACCGAACCCUUUAAGGAAGAAACUUUCCUGCACACAUUCGAGACUGAGACUUUGCCCCAAGCCUGCCGCCUGGGAGAUGGACGCUUGUUCACGUCUAACCUAAAAUCGCUCUAUGUGGCAGUGACCCAGCAACAAGCCAGAGCUGCUCGCAAACGGCACUGUGCAGAAUCAGAAGACCAUGCUACUUCUCAAGACCCUACAGAAGAGGUGGUAGAUUUGCCAGCAGCAAAAGAAAACACAGAGACCCAGUUGCUAUCUGCACAGCAUGUGGAAGAAGCAAUGGUCUCAUCUUCCCAAGCUCAGAAAGCACAAAUGCCUGUUAUUAAAACCAAAAGGAAGAAGGCAAAAGGGCUCUUCAGCUGAUACAACUGAUCAUUUUACAAAAACAGGGAUGCUGAUGCAGUUCUGAAUUUCUCUUUGGCUUCCUGGAACAUCUAGAAGAAAGCUGGACUUCCUACUGAAGCUAACAGUUCGGUCACUCCUCUCCUUUUGCCACGUUAAACAUUAUAGUUAGAAAAUCUCCCUUGCCCCAGAGCUAUCUACUUUUCUACCCCUGCUUAUUCUUUCCUGCUGACCUAGAAGCUUAGAAAUUAUGGAUUAUUAGGUAAGAAGGAAAGAAGCAGAACUACCUCCUGUACUUUGCUUUAUUAAAGUGUGAAUAAAGAGCUUGGCUAUAAGUUGAUUACUCAGUGCAGUGAUUUCCAUACAUGCACUUUGUAAUGCACAGGCUAUUCUCAAAAGGUCUGUAAAAUUGCAGUUGGUAAAAAAUGUGUCAAUUUCUUUAAUUGGUGCUCCAGAAAAUUUCAGAGUAUGUGGCAGCCAGGCUGCUGACUGGCAUAAGGUUCAAAAAUGAUAUGAUUCCUGUUCUGAGAGACUUGGACUGGCUACCAAUUCCCUAUUGAAUACAAUUUAAAUAUGGGAGUUGAUCUUUAAACAGCAAUUUCUGUGACUGUCUCUUCUCCUAUGAACCUGCUCAGUUACUGAGAAAAGCAGGGGGUGGAUAUAAAGAUCCCCUUCUCCCUUCUAGAACUUGGCUAUCUUGAUAUGUAGGAUAAAGAUUUUUCUGUGCUGCUUCAAGGCUUUGGAUAAUUAUCUCAAAUGAUGGAGUGACCUCCCAUUCUCUCAAUAUUUAGGACAUGGCAAAAUAUAUCUCUUUCACCAAGUUUGGAACUGAUAAUUGAUUUUAAUUACAAACAGCUUUGAUUUUAAUUGUAUUGAUUUUACUAUUGUGUUUAUACGCACCCUUUGGUCCGCUGAAAAACCUCUCUCCACGUAACUGGUCCCUGGUGCCCCAAAGAUUGGGGACCUCUGUACUAUAGGAAUUGAUGGAAUAUCUACAAAAAUAUGGCAAGCAACAAGAACAAGACUCAUAAAAGGUUCUAAUCAAAUUAUGCCAGAAAAUCUAGAGAACAACACAGUGGUCAAGAUAUUGCUUGCUGUUAUUAAUAGUCUGAAUAUUCUUUAGGUCUUCCUCAGUAGCAUGUUGAAUGUCAUUUAGCCUGAGAGAUUAGUUUGGUCUAUUGGUUCAGGCCCAAUAGGCUAGAAAGUAGGAGACUGUAAGUUAGAGUCCCAUCUUAGCCAAGAAAGCCAGCUGGGUGACCUUGGGCCAGUCACUCUCUCUCAGCCCAACCCUCCUCACAGGAUUGUUGUUGUGGAGAAAAUAGGAGGAGGAAGGUGUGUUUAUUGGAUAUGUUAAUCCAAAGUUCCCUUUUGGCUUUGUAGGCCGGCCUGUG